AUGGCCCAGGCGAUUGGACUCCUGUCAGGCUACAGCCAAGGAAUGGCCUCCAAAGGCCUGUCCUUUUCUACGGACGGAAAAGACUCGUUUACUUCCCCGGCGGCAUACAAAGCAAAUACAAGUUCUUGGGUCCACGUAUUCCCAGAAGCCUGUUGCCACCAGAGUCAGGAGAGCGGCUUGCGCUACUUCAAAUGGGGCAUAUCGCGGCUCAUCCUCGAAAGUGACCCGGCUCCAGAAUUCAUCCCAAUGUUUAUUCAUGGCACUCAAGAUAUAAUGCCAGAGGACAGGGGUUUCCCCAGGUUCCUGCCUCGCAUAGGCAACAAGAUACGCGUUGUCAUCGGAGAACCAGCCCGUGUCGACACCGUAUUUGGUCGCCAACGCGCAAAAUGGAAGCAGCUCGUGGACAAGGGUGAUCCAGACCUUCUCACUCACGGCCGUGAGGUUGUUCAGCUGAGAAUCCAGGUCGCAAAGUUGGUACGAGACGAGGUUGCGAAACUGCGAGAAAGCAUAGGCUUGCCGCCUGAGCAAGACGAAACAGCCGCGCUGGCCGAGACUUGGUCCAAAGAGCCCAACAAACGAAAGUUCAAAAGCCCAGUUGAUGGCAGCCUUGUCAAUAGAGUCUAA